AAGCCGGGCAGGGAGGAAGCAGCUGAGACCCCGCCAACGGAUCAGGGGUUCAUUUGGCAAGAAAAAGGGGGCGGGAAGGGCUGUUGGGCACCUGUCAAUUCGUCACCAUGAACGUGGUUUUUGCUGUGAAGCAGUACAUUUCCAAAAUGAUAGAGGACAGCGGACCCGGUAUGAAAGUACUUCUCAUGGAUAAAGAGACGACUAGUAUAGUGAGUAUGGUAUAUACACAAUCAGAGAUUCUUCAGAAGGAAGUUUACCUCUUUGAACGCAUUGAUUCUCAGAAUCGAGAGAUCAUGAAACACCUGAAGGCAAUUUGUUUUCUUCGCCCAACAAAGGAGAAUGUGGAUUACUUGAUUCAGGAGCUCCGAAGACCAAAAUACAGUAUAUAUUUUAUUUAUUUCAGUAAUGUGAUCAGCAAGAGCGAUGUGAAGUCAUUGGCUGAAGCUGAUGAACAGGAAGUUGUGGCUGAGGUUCAGGAAUUUUAUGGUGAUUACAUUGCCGUGAAUCCACAUUUGUUUUCCCUCAAUAUUUUGGGUUGUUUUCAGGGUCGAAAUUGGGAUCCAGCCCAGCUAUCGAGAACAACUCAAGGGUUAACAGCUCUCCUUUUAUCACUGAAGAAGUGUCCCAUGAUCCGUUAUCAGCUUUCAUCAGAGGCAGCAAAGAGACUUGCUGAAUGUGUUAAGCAAGUGAUAACUAAAGAAUAUGAACUGUUUGAAUUCCGGCGGACGGAGGUUCCUCCAUUGCUGCUUAUUUUAGAUCGCUGUGAUGAUGCCAUCACCCCAUUGCUAAACCAGUGGACAUAUCAGGCCAUGGUCCAUGAACUAUUGGGCAUAAACAACAACCGGAUUGAUCUUUCCAGAGUGCCGGGGAUCAGUAAAGACUUGAGAGAGGUGGUCCUAUCUGCUGAAAAUGAUGAAUUCUAUGCUAAUAAUAUGUACCUGAACUUUGCUGAGAUUGGCAGCAAUAUAAAGAAUCUAAUGGAAGAUUUUCAGAAGAAGAAACCAAAAGAACAACAAAAACUAGAAUCAAUAGCAGACAUGAAGGCCUUUGUUGAGAAUUAUCCACAAUUCAAGAAGAUGUCUGGUACUGUAUCAAAGCAUGUGACAGUGGUUGGAGAGUUGUCUCGGUUGGUCAGCGAGCGGAAUCUACUGGAGGUUUCAGAGGUUGAGCAAGAACUAGCCUGUCAAAAUGACCAUUCUAGCGCUUUCCAGAAUGUAAAAAGGCUCCUGCAGAGCCCCAAAGUGACAGAGUUUGAUGCUGCCCGCCUGGUGAUGCUUUAUGCUCUGCAUUAUGAGCGACAUAGCAGCAAUAGCCUGCCAGGGCUAGUGAUGGACCUCAGGAAUAAAGGUGUUUCUGAGAAGUAUCGAAAGCUUGUAUCUACAGUUGUUGAAUAUGGUGGUAAACGGGUCAGAGGAAGUGACCUCUUUAGCCCCAAAGAUGCCGUGGCUAUUACCAAACAGUUCCUCAAAGGAUUGAAGGGAGUAGAAAAUGUAUAUACGCAGCAUCAGCCUUUCUUACAUGAGACCCUGGACCAGCUCAUCAAAGGAAAACUUAAGGAAAACCAGUACCCUUAUCUAGGCCCCAGCACACUCAGAGACAGACCUCAGGACAUCAUUGUGUUUAUAAUUGGAGGAGCCACCUAUGAAGAGGCUCUAACCGUUUAUAACCUGAACCGUACCACUCCUGGAGUAAGGAUUGUCCUAGGAGGAACCACAGUGCACAACACAAAAAGUUUCCUAGAGGAAGUUCUGGCUUCUGGACUGCACAGCCGAAGCAAGGAGAGCUCUCAUGUUACAUCGCGGUCAGCAAGCAGGAGAUGAGAUGAUGAUGGAGAGGUUGGGAGAAUGGCACAGCUUCCCCUGUUACCCCUACUGCAGACCUUCCUCACUGAUCAGAGGUGUUAGAGAGGAGCCUUGGGGUUUGUGCUUGUUGUUAUAAUCCAUCCCCAGUAGUUGCUGAUUCCUGAUUUGUUGGCACAGACACCGAGACUCCCAGUGAUAAAUUAAGAAUAAGUCUGAGACCAUCCCAACUUACUUUUUUCAUGGUUUCUUUAUUGAAUAAAUUUAUUUCUUGUGUAUGUGAUAGCACAAUCAUUUCAGUUUUCAAUGAAUUUUUUUGGAAUCUUACUUGAGAAAAGAGUUAUCAGAGUCUAGAGGAGUUUAAAAAAAAAAAAAAGGAAAAAAAGUCAUCAUUUGAGGCACAUGCUAUACUCCUCGAUUUCCCUUCUCCUCUCUUGACCCCUUUUUACUUUUUAUUAACCACAUUCCUGCACAACUCAUUUCUGAGAAUUCACCCUAUUUCUUGAGUGAGCCAUCAAUAAUUGUUUGUCUCCACAAUGCAAUUUUCUGUGGCCCUGAGAAACCAUGUAUGACUACAAUAAAAAUCCAUUUUGUGAAGA